UUCCUCCCGCGGCCCCGAGUCCGCUGCGCGGUAAAGGUCGAAGGCACGGGCCCGGCUUCGGCCAGCCCGGGGACAGGAGAGGGAAGGGCAGAGCGUCACCACCACCCCAGCCCCGCCCCGCUCGGGCCUCGCUCCCCGACUCACAGCGUCGCAGGGAGGGAGACAGCGAGCCAGCGUCUCCGCGUCGACUGCGGCGCGGCCUGCCCUUCGCCCUCCGCCGCGCGCGCCCAUUGGUCACCGGCGGCGCCCCACGUGGGUGAAGGCGCGCGUCUGAUUGGCUCCUGCGUGGGGGCGGGGCUCGAGAGCGCGGGGUCCGCAGAGUCGGGCUGACAGGGGAGGGGGCGCCGGCCAUGGUGCCCGCGCUGCGCUACCUGGGCGGGGCCUGCGGGCGGGCCCGCGGGGGCUUCCCGGGGGCCUUCUUCGCGGGGUGCGGGCCGGCGCCGGGGGGGCCCUGGCUGCUGUUCCGCGGUGGCCGCAGGGCCAGCACCAGCUCAUUUGAUGUAGUCAUUGUCGGUGGUGGAAUUGUGGGGCUUGCCUCUGCCAGAGCACUCAUCCUGCGGCAUCCAGCACUUUCCAUUGGUGUUCUGGAAAAGGAGAAAGAUUUAGCUGUUCACCAGACUGGACAUAACAGUGGUGUCAUACAUAGUGGAAUUUAUUAUAAACCUGAAUCUCUGAAAGCUAAAUUAUGUGUGCAAGGCGCAGCCCUCAUCUAUGAGUACUGUAACCAAAAGGGAAUUUCCUACAAGCAAUGUGGCAAGCUUAUAGUAGCUAUUGAACAAGAAGAAAUUCCCAGACUUCAGGCCCUAUAUGAGAGGGGCCUGCAGAAUGGUGUCCAGGGCCUGAGGCUGAUCCAGCCGGAGGAUAUAAAAAAGAAGGAGCCAUAUUGUAGGGGUCUGAUGGCUAUUGAUUGCCCGUAUACUGGCAUUGUGGACUAUCGGCAGGUGGCUUUGUCAUUUGCCCAGGAUUUCCAAGAAGCGGGUGGCUCUGUCUUGACCAGUUUUGAAGUAAAAGAUAUUGAAAUGGCUAAAGAAAGCCCUUCAGGAAGUGAAGAUGGGAUGACAUAUCCAAUUGUUAUAAGGAAUACAAAGGGAGAGGAGGUUCGGUGUCAGUACGUUGUGACAUGUGCAGGACUUUACUCAGACCGAAUUUCAGAGUUGAGUGGCUGCAAUCCUGAUCCUCAAAUUGUACCGUUCCGGGGAGAUUACCUUGUCUUGAAGCCAGAAAAACGCUAUCUUGUGAAAGGAAACAUUUAUCCGGUUCCAGAUAGCCGGUUUCCUUUCCUGGGAGUUCACUUCACACCGAGGAUGGAUGGCAGUGUUUGGCUAGGGCCCAAUGCAGUGCUGGCCUUUAAGCGAGAGGGCUACAGACCCUUUGACUUCAGUGCCAGAGAUGUUAUGGAUGUCAUUGUCAAGAGAGGUCCAGCUGGAGUACGAGCCCAAGCCCUGGACAGAGGUGGAAAUCUGGUGGAAGACUUUGUGUUUGAUGGAGGUAUUGGGGACAUUGGAAAUCGCAUUCUUCAUGUGAGAAAUGCACCUUCCCCUGCUGCCACUUCUUCCCUGGCAAUUUCUGGAAUGAUUGCAGAUGAAGUGCAACAGAGAUUUAAAUUGUAAAUAGUGGAGGGAGCUAGGUAUGCAUUUUAAUAUCCACAUUCAGCAACAAGAAUGUACUAAUUGCAUUCUUUAAUUUUAAGAAAAAUGCUUUGAAAAUAUCAAUUUUAGGUAUCUCAUUUAGAUGACCACUGAAUAUUAAAAUGAUGUAACAUAGAAAUAAUAACUUUUUAAAGUCCAUGCUCUUUCACGUUGUGAAUAAAGAGGAAAGGUACAGUUGUGUCUGUCCUGAAUCCCUGACUGUUAAAGACCUGUUCUUGCCAACAGUGAUCUAGAGAUUUGGCUCUUGUAGAAUUUCUGGGAACAAUGGCAUAAAAAACUGAUUAUUCCCUUAACUUUUUGGCUUUAUAAUAUCUAAGCUUUUUUGUCUCUCCUAAAAAAGAAAAUAUAGUAUUUGUAGAUUGCAAACCUUUUAAUUUUGAAGAGUCAGAAAAGCUCACGUUAUUUAGAGCAACAAUAUUUGUAUUUGGGAAUUUAAAAUUCUUGAUUUUAAGAAAAUACAUGAAAUCUACUGUUUUUAAGUAGUUUGAAUAAGAUUCUAUCUUGGCUAUAAUAUUUGUAAGAAAUAACUUUGCAAAAGAAACAUAAGCCUUUGUGAUUCCCAGCCUCUCUGUAACUGACUUGGUGUGGAGCCAUCACUAAAUCUAAGCAGCAUUUGACUAAGAGUGGUUGUUGCCCACUCUUCAGUCUUCUAUGGCUGAGAAACUAAAAGAACUUACAACUGAUAGGUUUUUAUGAGAACAGUUUUCGAGUCCUAACACUGGUAUACAGAACUCUGUAAUUUUAAAAAUUAUUUACCUCAUAUUUCUGUUCUUCAGUUACACCAAGGUUCUCAGAUGUUAGCAGAGAUCACUAAUGAUUCAUGCCUACUUGUUUUUUCAGGGAUCUUAUAAACUUUUUAUGAGGAUAUUUCUUCAUUUUUGGGAAAUACCUAACUUUGAGGCAUUCACUUUUGUAAACCGCAAAGGUGCCUUAACAUUCAUGUGUACUUCAUGAAUAUUUUACACUGUUGCCCAGUGCCAUCUUGUGUACUGUACAUAUGUAUGUGGUAUCUGUUGAAAUGAUUCUUGCAAUUCAGAAAGUUGGAAAAUAGAAAUAUAAAUGAAAAUAUGGCAGUCUACUGAUUGGGGACACCUUUAUUACAGAACCACCUCUUAGGUGAGACAUUUUCAUCCAUGCCCUCACACAUGCUCUCUCAGGAUCAGUCUUCCACUCUUCAUUUUUUUCCUUCCUCUUCUCUCUCCAAAGCUGUGUGAUGGAUGAGUUAGAAGGAUGUGCAUUUUGGUUGAUAGGAAAAACUUUUCUGUUUCGUUCCUUGUCUCUUCACUCCAAGCCUUGGUGAUUACACUGAUUGAGCUACCUCAUCCAUUAAUUUGAAAGGCUACCCAUCAUCAGCUCACAUUCAAGAAGCAGCACAGCCCAGGUAAAUGGACGAGGCACAUAGUCAACACUUGGGAUGAGCAUGCUGG